AUGACUUGGAAGACUCUGCCAUCCCUUCCCGGGCUUGGGCAGUUGUCCAGAUUGACACGUCUCAAUCUCUCUGAGGCAGGAUUUUCCGGGAAAAUCCCAUUUGAAGUUUCCUUCUUAAACCAGUUAGUCUCACUUGAUCUCUCUCUCAAUGAGCUGAAUUUGGAAGAACCAGUUCCCCAAGCAAUUGUUCAGAACUUAAACCAAGAUAAAGAGAACUCAAAUCUUUUCUUUGAAUGGAAAUUGCCAGAUUCAAUUGGAAAUCUCAUGUCUCUGAUUAAAUUACUACUUUAUGACUGCAAAUUCUAUGGACCAAUCCCUAUUUCCCUUGGUAACCUUACUGAAAUCACUUGGUUGGAACUCUCAUGCAACAACUUCACCGGCACCAGCCUCACUUGGGAACUUGAGUGUGCUCGAACGGCUAGACCUCUCUCCAAACAAGCUCACUGGGAACAUCCCUCAAGUCCUCACCAAUUUGAGGUCUAUUGGAGUCCUAGGAGGCUAGGACCUUUCACACAACCAGCUGAAGGGGCCAAUACCAAAAGGCCACCAAUUUGA